AUGACCAUCGUUAUGUUUGGAGGAAAGCCGAAGAACACCAUCCCAAAAGUGAAGAACGAGGGUGGCAGCAUCAUGUUCUGUGUGAUGUUGGACGUCCUAAUAAUAGGUGGAGGACCCCAGGCCCUGACCCUGGCCACCCUGCUGUCCUGUCCAGACCAGGCCCUGUCCCCACCUCCCCCCAACACAGACAUCCUCCAGGGGAUCCAGCUCAGCCAGGGCAGGGCCAAGACCAGCCGCUCUAAGAGCAGGAGAGGAGGAGCUUCCCGUGAGGACAACUACACUGCAGCUCAAUGUUUUUACUUCACACCAUUCUGCUGGCGAUGCUGUCUGGUUGACAGGUGUGUAAUAUCUCCCAGGACAGCAGACAGCCGAGCCGAGGAGCAGGCCGCUCCAGACCCAGAGUCAGUUUCAUCCUGCCCUCCGCUGGCCUUCAGAGUGGUGGACUCAUACGGAGCAUGGACCUCGCUGUGGGAGAGCCAGUUCAGAGCACUCAACAUCCCUCACCUUCGCUCACACACCCUGGUGCACACAGACCCACUCAAUAAGAGGGCUUUGCAGGAGUUUGUUCUGGAGGAGGAUCGGACAGCGGAGCUCCACUGCCUCCCUGACCACACCUUCAUUCUGGAUGAGAACGCCUUCUUCAACGACAUGCGUUUGGGCAAGAAGGACAGGAGGAGACUGAGCAGCAGCAGAGGCCUACAGAAGAGCCUGUACUUUAGCCUGCCAGGCACCAGGCUCAGUGUGGACUUCUUCAUGCAGCAGGUGGACAAAUAUGGCCUGGACAGUGUUCUGACAAAGGGCACAGUGGACAGACUGACCCCUGUCAUGUCCGAAGGAAUUGUGACAUCAUUCAGGGUAUUCCUUCAGAACGGGGACGUCCUCGAGGCUAGGCGCGUAGUCAUGGCGACCGGUCCGACCCGUGCCCAGAUGGCCAACAUUCCUUUCUGGGUGUCGUCCAUAGCGGAGAGCUACCCUGAGGAACGCCUGCAGCACACCGUGCAGCUCAUGCACCACCACUCACGGUCAACACGGCAACAGGAACCAAGAACAGGUCCCUAUGUGGUGUGUGAGCCUGGCCAGAGGGUGGUGGUGGUUGGUGGAGGCCUGACCAGCGCUCACGUCAUCUCCAUCGCUCUGCAGCAAGGAGCCAGUCAUGUGACCUGGGUGAUGCGCAAACACUUACAGCUGAAGCAGUUUGACGUGGGUGACGUGGAAAGCUUGGUGGGGCGGUACUCCCAUGUGGAGCAUGGCAUCAAGAUGGAUGGCCUGGCCUACCUGCGCCAGUUCUACAACGAGAGCAGCGUCCAUAAGAAACUGGCCAUGAUCAGACAGGCCAGGAAGGGAGGAGCAGUUACACCUGAGGCCUAUGCAGCCCUGCAGCCCUACAUCCAGACUGGACAGCUGUCUGUCCGAGCAUACUGCCAGGUGACUGAAGCUAAGUGGUGCUAUGAAAGCCAGGUGUGGAGACUGUCACUGUGUGGACAGAAUGGCUGUGAGACUUGGACUGGGGACAGGAUAUGGCUGGCUACAGGAUGCAAACUGGACGUCAACCAAGACCCUAUGCUCUCUUCUGUCAUCAAGGAAUUCCCUAUUCAGGUCCUGGAUGGCUGGCCUUGUAUAUCUGAGAGCUUGCAGUGGGCUCCAGGAUGUCCUCUGUACCUGAUGGGACAGUACACAGCACUUCAGGUUGGUCCGCACGCGCUGAAUCUGGCAGGAGGACAGGCUGCAAGCGCGCGCAUCGCGAAGGACAUAAUAUUCCAGCACCGCCGGAGUGGUUACGGAGGGACAGGGUCACAAACCACCGUGGAGACAGCACACACCGAAGAAUACAUUCAGCAGAUGCACGGGCUGAUGUGGUUAUGAUUAAAGACCUUAGCGCAAAUAAUGUUUUGAUGUCAAAGGGAGUUUUACGCAGCGAC